GGACUCCAAGAAGUCUGUGUUCACGGCUGGGAGUUCAGUAGCAGCCUUCAGUAGCACCAUGAACACUGGAAUAUUCAUACAGUAUAUUCAUAUCUAUAACAGCAGCAGCAACCCCAGCGCCAAGAACUCAGCUGGGAUGAAGACUGCUCUUCAGUGCUGGGGCAUCCUCUCCCCUAUUCCGUUGUGUGACUGAGCUGAUAAUGCACUAUCAGAGCUAGAAGGUCGCUAUAUAGAGGGGCUCCCCCCUCCACCCUCAGCAACUCUGCAACUGUGUGCUCAUUUGGGAUCAUCUUGUUUCACUGUUGCUGCUUCUAUUUGGUUUGCUGUCAUCAGGAGUUCCUCCAGAUUUUCCCCAAAAGGACCCUAUACUUCACCCAUAGGACUGCAGUGUAAAGAGGGUUUGUUUUUUUCCUUCAAAACUGUUGUGAAAAUGAAUGGCCCAGCAGAUCCCUCAAACUUACUCUUCAAUUGCUCAAAUCCAUCCAAUUUCUCUUUGGAAACCUCAGAGCAAUGUGGCAAAGAGACACACCUUGAGAACAUCCUUUUUGCCACUUUCUACUUCCUGGACUUCAUCCUGGCUUUUGCUGGCAAUGCCCUCGCUCUUUGGCUCUUCAUCCGGGACCAGAAGUCAGGCACACCUGCCAACAUCUUCCUGAUGCAUCUUGCUGUGGCUGACCUGUCCUUUGUGCUGGUACUUCCUACCCGGCUGGUGUACCAUUUCUCUGGUAAUCAUUGGCCAUUUGGUGAGAUCCCAUGCAGACUCAUUGGCUUCCUUUUUUACCUCAACAUGUAUGCCAGUAUCUACUUCCUGAUGUGUAUCAGCGUUGACCGCUUCCUAGCCAUUGUGCACCCUGUGAAGUCCAUCAAGCUGCGCAGGUCCCUUUAUGCCCAUUUGGCAUGUGCCUUUCUAUGGGUUAUAGUUGGGGUUGCAAUGGCACCUCUGCUGCUCAGUGUGCAGACAGUCGAGAUGAAAAACACAACUGUCUGCCUACAGCUCUACAGAGAAAAGGCAUCACGUCAUGCCCUUGUGUCCUUAGCAGUGGCAUUCACCUUCCCGUUUGUUACUACAGUGACUUGCUACUUAUUAAUCAUCCGAAGCCUGAAGAGUGGGAACAGAGUGGAGAAACACCUGAAGGAAAAAGCUAUCAAAAUGAUCAUCAUGGUCCUGCUUAUCUUUCUGAUUUGCUUUGUACCUUAUCAUGUCAAUCGUUACAUUUACAUUCUCCAUUACAACGGAACCAAAACUUCCUGUGAAACGCAGCGUAUUCUAGCCCUCAGUAACCGCAUCACUUCCUGUCUCACAAGUCUAAAUGGUGCCUUUGACCCAGUCAUGUAUUUUUUUGUUGCUGAGAAAUUCCGUGAGGCUUUGUGCAAUCUGUUUUGUGUUAAAAAGACUGUAAUGUUGCCUCAAACGUAUGAGGGUAAAACAAAUGAAAGCUCACUAAGUGCUAAAUCUGAACUGUGAACAUGACUCUUGUCACUGCUUCAAGUUAAGAAUGCUCUAUUCCACCAAAACCAGCUGAGAGCACAAAUAUGCAGUGAGAUAGUACACCCAGAGUCAAACUUGUCCUGAGAAAGGAAGUUCUGUUGUUUUUAUGGGACCGCAAUUAACAAGAACCACUCUGACAACAGAGAUCAUGUGUUCCUGUCUUACUGAAACUGCAAACACAAGUACAGCUCUACUGAUUUCCGAGAUGUGAAACCUAGGGCUGAAUACUUAGGAACAGGAAAGGGAGCAAAGAGGCUAUUAAACUGAUAUAUUUAAAAACAAAACAAACUAAACUUAACUUCCAAAGCAUUCAGUAACAACUCUUCCUCUGCACAAUGCAUACAGCCUACUUUAAAAUUUUAUACUGUGCCAGCAGUAGAGAUCCACUCCUGAGACAGACCUGCCUGAUGAAAGGACAGGAUGCCUGCACAUUAUGUUUAAGUCUCUGAAUUCAAAGUGUUUAUAUAUCGUAUGAAGAAGAUUGAUGCUAAAUGGUGCAAAGAAAAAAAAAGAUCAAAAUGCUGCAAUGCACCCAACCUGGACUGCAAUUAAGACUUAGAAUUUUUUACUUCUUCCCAGCAUUCGGAGCUGGAGUUGAGCACUAAACUUCACAUUUACCUUUUCUAUUUGCCCUCUGGCAUUGCCUAAAAGCUGCAGGCAGAGGUUGGACAACAUUUAGCAUUCUGCCUCUUUUAAGUAGCUCCCGGCAAAACAUCAGAUAUCCUGGUAACCCUCAAAGUAAAGAACUGAAAAGGGCUGCUGAGGAAUACAGCAUUCAUCUUAACUACAUACUGAAUCAUAACAAUGUGAAACCAAAUGGAAAAAGUGAAUAGUAAGCAUACGAAGUCUACUUUGCCCAGAAGAGAUUUGUAUCUUUGAGGUGUUUUACACUUAUUUUUGGUGACUUCUCUAGCCAGGCUAUUCUUUCACUACAGAUAAAGUAGGGAUUAUCUUAACUAUCCUCACUGAUACAAAUUGUAUUCAGUGGAAUAUGCCUGGAAAUGACAGGCACGCUAGGGAAGACCAGGUACAAUUUGAAGCAGGAAAAAGAACCUCAGAGUUUCCAAAAAUAUUUCCUACAAGACAGCUUCUAUGCUAUGGAGAUAAAUAGUAUAGGAAAUCAUGUGACAGGCAAUUUAUAUUUUUUAUGUGCAGAUACAUACAUUCACAUAUCUCUUUCCAAUGCUUUUGGGAAUGAACAACUUACUGGUUUAGAUUUGGUCCACAAACUAUGAAAUCAAAUAUUCUUUAUCUUGUUUGAACUGCUUCAAUCCUGGCUGCCUUCCCAAAACACCCUCAGUGCUAUCACAACAGACCAUUCUAACAAGCUUAGGUGUCAAAAGAAAAUCAGUUAUGCCCAACUCCAGAAACUAAUGCAAAGAAGUUGCAGGAUGGAUGGAAGAGAAAAGGGAAUUGAGGACUCCCUGCUGGACAGGGUACAUGUAUAUAACCUUUCUUUCCCUUCUUCACCAUUCAGUUAGCGUCAAUAUAAUCUCUAAGAAACUACUAGAUUUUGCUCAAGACGUAUGAAAGCCCGAAAUUAACUAUGAAUUGAGCAACAGUGUCUGCUAACUGCUGGAUUGCUUUAUUUUCUUACAAUGGUAUGCUUUUGUACAAGUGCCCUUUUAGGUUUUUAUUUCUUACUUCUUAAUUAAAUGCAUUAAUCAA